GAAAAAUCUUAGGUUCCACAGCCAUAGGGAUGAUCAAAUGUGGAUCAAUCUCAGCCGUUGGAUCUAGUACCGGCGUAGGAUUCUCAGUUGGGUACACGUACAGCCUUCUCUUUUUAUCUAUCCUUGCUUCCAUGCAUGGGUUUCUUCAUCUUCACCACCAACACAUACUCUCUGUCUCUUUCUAGAGAGAGAGAGAAUCACUCCAAAUUCUAGAGAGAGAAACAUUAGCUUUUCUUUGCUUGUUCUGUAUUUCAUCGCAUAUUCCAUCAAUCUGUUUCAGCAAGACUAGAUCUUGAUUGAAAUCUGAGAUGGGUUCUUUUCUUUUCACUUCAAUCUUGAAGAUUUGAUGAUAAAGUUUGUUUCUUGAUCUGGGUUUUUCUCAAUUCUUUAGUUUUGAUCUUGAAUCCUCUGUUCUUGGAUUAGUUUGACUUUGACUUUGAUUUUGUUCUGAAUUUAGCAUUUCUUGUGCCAAAUAUGUCCAAUUUGAUCCAAGAAACUGAUCAAGAAUUGAUGAAUCACAUAUGUGUGGUGUGUGACAAAAGCUUCCCUUCUGGUAGAUCUUUAGGGGGUCACAUGAGGUCUCACGUGAUCAACUCCACAGAUCACCAUCACCAUGAUGAUGAUGUUGUUGUUGAUGAUGAGGAUGAUGAUCAUAAGCAUCAGAAACAGAAUCAGAAGAAGAAGCAGAUGAAGAAGCUCUCAUCUGUCAACAAUGGGGGAUUGAAUUCUAAAGAUUUAGGUUAUGAAUUGAGGAAAGAUCCAAAGAAGACUACAAAAGUCAAAGAUGCAAGUGAAGUGAACAACAACAACAACAAUAGCAAUUGUUUGGUGGUUCUUGAUAAGCUUUGUAAAGAAUGUGGUAAAGGUUUUCAAUCUUGGAAGGCUUUGUUUGGGCACAUGAAAUGUCAUUCUGAAAAGGUGUCAAACAAACACACCAACAAGAACAUGAAUCAAGAUUCUUGGACUAGUCAUUCGGAAAAUGAGAAUUCGGGUGUCAAAUCGGGUCGAAUCAAGAAAUCGAGAUCAAGAAAGAAAAGAAUGAAAAGGUAUACAGUUACUUCUACUACUGUUACUACUACCACUACCACCAUUACUACAGCUUCAUCUUCAAUCUCCAUGAAUGCUAAUAAUAAUAAUAAUAAUCAUGCUUCAACAAGUGUUGUGUCUGAAAUUGAACAAGAUCAAGAAUCUGAGAUUGCUAUGUGUUUGAUGAUGCUUUCUAGAGAUGAGGGGAAGUGGGGUCAUGAGAUUGAAUUAUCUGAUCACUGCAAGUCCUCUGCUUUUGUGAAGUUGACUAAAGUUGAGGGUAAAAAGCCAACUGGAAAUGGUUCUAAGAUCAAAAAAAUUGCUGAAAACCAAAUUGGUAGUGAUUAUCUGGGAAAAUCUGAGGUGGGUUCUACUGGAUUGGAGAAAAUUGUGAUCCAAAAUGAUGAAUUUGAUGACAAAAUGGAGUCAAGUAAGAGAAAGUUUGAGUGCAUCACUUGUAACAAAAGCUUUCACUCUUAUCAAGCUCUUGGUGGGCAUAAAGCAAGUCACAAGAAGUUAAAGGAAAGUCCAGAUUCAAAGCCUGAAGACGACGAUAAAACAGUCGAAAACAAACCUUUUUUCAAUCAUGAUCAUGUAACUAAUAAUGAUCAAACAGCUGGUUCUUUGAAGAAAACAGUUGUGUUGGGAGUACAUGAAUGUCCAAUUUGCUUCAAAGUUUUCUCAAGUGGACAAGCUUUGGGAGGUCACAAGCGAUCACACAUGGUUGCCGAAGCUAAGUUGAACCAACAAACCAGUAUGAAUCUGAUUGAAAAAGUGGAUGAGCCGGUUCGUGAAAGUCGAGGCUUUAUUGAUCUCAACAUGCUUCCUGAUACAACGGAAGAAGAUAUGAUCAUGAACAGUAGUACUACAGAAUACAAGCCAUGGCAUUGGGUGGAUACCGCUAACCAUGAAUCAACAACACUACUUGGUUUGCUCUCAACAAGUUAAAGAUCAUCUCAAGAGUGUAUAGAUUUCAUUAAUUCUUUGCAUAAUUGAUGUAAUUUGCUGCUUAACUAAACGCAUAAGUAGCCAUACUCACACAAACACCAAGAACACAGUUUUUUGCUUUUAUUUUUCUGCUUAUAACUACAUUGUUUUCAUUAAGGGAUAAUGGUUUCCCACUUUCCCCUGCUGAGAGUUGAAGCUAUCUUGCUAUGAUUUGCAUUGAAA